CAAAUGACCAUUGCGAGCCUGUAAAACUGUUGCUGCAAGAAAAAUUAUACACGUGUUGGAUGAAGUCAUAUAAUAAUUUAGGCUUUGUCGGUCAAGUAUCCACUCAGUUACAAAUUGCAAUUGAUUAGUUUGUCUUGUUGCUGUAUUAAAAGUAUAUUUCAUCUUUUUUGUUUUGGCAGAAAGUGGUAAAUGAUAAAAGAGAGGUGGAAAAAAUGAAGAGAUAUGAAUGAUUGGAGUUAGUGUAGAAUCUAAAUAUAAAGACAAAAGAAUGCAGAAUGAUUGGAGUUAGUGAAAAAUAGUAAUCCAGUCCAACAUAUAUUUCUCAAGUGUUAUCUGUUUUUGUAAUCCGUAGAGAAGAAAAGUGCAAGGGCAAUGGCGAAAGAAAACAUGUCAGCAUGGAGUCCUAAAAAGUACGAUGUUUUCAUCAGCUUCAGAGGUGAGGACGUUCGCCACAACUUCGUUAGCUAUCUUCGUUCUGCUCUCCGCGGAGCCAACAUCAAAGCAUACGCCGAUGACGCUAAUCUUCAAAAAGGAGACGAGGUUUGGCCCUCACUGUCCCAAGCAAUCCAUGACUCACACCUCGCCAUUGUCGUUUUCUCCAAAAAAUAUGCAGAUUCCAAGUGGUGCUUGAUAGAACUCGUAGAAAUACUUCACUGCAGAAAAACUGAAGGACUCGUAGUCAUACCCGCCUUCUACCAAGUGGAUCCAUCCCACAUAAGGAAUUAUAGUGGCACUUACGGGGAAAACUGCUCUUGGUAACAAAGUCAUCCAAGACCAGAAACCUGCUCUUGUUCUUGGUGACAAAGUCAAAGACAACGACCAUGUCAUCCAAGAGUGGAAAGCUGCUCUUUCUAUUGGUGACAAAUUCAUCCAAGAGUGGAAAGCUGCUCUCACCGAAGCCGCCAAUAUAUGUGGAUGGGACUCUCGUACCCGUUACCACAAGGAUGAAUCUCAAGUGAUAGACAAAAUUGUGGAAGAUGUAUCCCAGAAGUUGAGCCUGAGGUUCCCUGUUGAACUAAAAGCACAAGACCUUGUUGAAAUUGAAAAAUAUUGUGAACAACUGAAACUGUUGAUGUCAAAAAACCAAAACCGUCAGUUACAAGAAAAUGUUCAAGUAAUUGGAAUUUGGGGCAUGGGCGGGAUUGGCAAGACAACUAUUGCCAAAGCCUUGUUUUCUCAACUCUUUCCACAAUAUGAUGCUGUCUGCUUCUUAGCAAAUGUUAGAGAGGAAUCAAAAAAGCUUGGACUAAUCUCUUUAUGCGAUAAGCUUCUUUCUGAGCUACUCAAGGAUGAACAUUGUAAAUAUAAUAUUGCAGCUGCAGGAUCCACAUUCAUUAUGAGGAGGCUUAGCAAUAAAAAAGUUUUGAUUGUACUAGAUGAUGUGGAUAGUUCAGAUCAAUUAGAUGUGUUGUGCAGAGAACAAUGUAACUACGUGGGUCCAGAUAGUAAAGUUAUUAUAACAACAAGAAAUAGGCAUUUGCUUACGGGAAGAGUUGAUAAGAUAUAUGAGGUCAAGAUAUGGAACUUUGCCAAAUCUCUAGAGCUUUUUUGUUUACAUGCCUUCAAAGAAAGACAUCCUAAAAAGGGAUAUGAGGAUCUCUCAGAAAGGGCAGUGAAAUAUGCAGGGGGAGUUCCAUUAGCUUUAAAAGUUUUGGGUUCUAAUCUUCAUUGCAGAAGUACAGAAUUCUGGGACUGUGAAUUGAGUAAACUCAUCAACUGUCCCAAUGAAAGAAUUCAAAAUGUAUUAGAAGUGAGCUAUGAUGGAUUAGACAACCUACAGAAGAAAAUAUUUCUAGACAUUGCAUUUUUUUUCAAAGGUGAAGAUAAAGAUGAUGUCAUAAGAAUACUAGAUGCAUGUGGUUUCUAUGCUACCAGUGGAGUAAAGGUCCUUGAAGAUAAAGCUCUUAUAACUAUUUCAUAUGCUGGGACGAUACAAAUGCAUGACUUGAUACAAGAAAUGGGUUUGAAUAUAGUUCGUGGGGGUAGUGAAGAUCCCGGAAAACGUAGUCGAUUGAGAGAUAUAGAAGAAGUUUCUGAUGUACUUGAAAAUAAAAAGGGGAGUGAUGUAGUUGAAGGGAUAAAAUUAGAUUUGUCUCAGAUUGAGGAUUUACACUUGAAUGCUGACACCUUCAACUUGAUGAGUAAUUUAAGAAUUCUUAGAUAAUACGUCCCUUCAGGUAAGAGAUCAGGAAAUGUGCACCAUUCUGGUGCCCUCAGUAAAUUUUCUGGUAAAUUGAGGUACCUUGAGUGGAAUGGAUGCUUUUUGAAGUCUCUUCCAGUAAAUUUUUGUGCUAAGAUGCUUGUUGAGAUUUGCAUGCCGCACAGCCAUGUUACAGUACUUUGGCAGGGGGUGCAGAUGUGUUCAAGUAUUUAUGGAGAUUGAUCAGCAUUUAGAAAGGUGUCAAAGCAAAAAUGAAAUACAGGAAAUUCUGGCUAUAUAACAUUGCAAUUUCUAAAGACCGGAGGAAAAGUCGAAGAAAGUGAAAAAGGAAGCUUCUGUAGUAUCCUUUCGGCAAUACCUGAAGAUGAGUACGUAUUGUAUGGAAGUAUCUGCAAAUUUAUGAUUAGUUACAUCACUGAAGAAAUCUCCCUUAUUUAAGUUAGUUAUCUACAAUCUCUUUUGGUAUGUUUUAUUCCUGUUCAAGUUAUGCAUCUUACUUUUGUUGUUCUGCGUGAAUUAUGGUGUAGUUGUACCCAACAGCUGUUAUUAGAUUAUAUUUAUUUGAAUUAUAUUUCAUUAAUAGUAAUGUCUUACCUCAUCUGAUACAAGAUAUCAAAUUAUUAGCAGGAGUAGAAAACUUAUGUGUUGUAAAUAAGGAACAAGUUCAUACAUAAAAUUAAGAUGAACCUGCUUCAAGAUUUUGAGUUGCUUAUCUGACCCUACCCCUAAGUAUCUAUGUUUGUAAUUGAGAGCACAACUCAUUUUAUUGUCAUUUUGUUUUCCUUUUUCCGUCUCUUACAGUUGCAAGUUGGUUAUAAAUCAAAUUGUAUAGUGGUUUCACUUGGUUAAACAGAUAGCUUAGUUUACUUUUUGUUGAAGUACACUAAAAAAUUUAACUCAGUAAAAACCGAUUGCAGGUAAAUUUUCAGGAUCACUGCUAUUGUGGUCGUGAUCUUUUGUUCUUAAUUUCUGCUUGCAUCGAGUCUUAUAGAAAAUAAAUUGUUCCCUAACAAGUGUAGAUAUGGACCCAGCUGUAUACAUAUUUUACACUUGAAACAGACAAACAUAUCUGAGCAAUAAGGGUGGACAUUGGUUUCAUCAUAUAAAUAGGUCACAACACAAACCUUGGGGUUGGCAAUUUGUGCUGAAGGUGGAUACUUGAAAUAUGUGCGAUUGAGUCCAGAUUUCUAAGUUUGCAAACGGAGCAUGGAUGCUUCAUUAGGUUUUGGGAAGGAAAUAAUUUGUCGGAUUUCUAAUGCGAUAUCUGUACUCGAGUCUUGAUAUAUCAAGUUGGUCCAUUGUUGGCAUCAAUUUUAAAUAUUGAUAAACUUGGGUUAAUAUCCAAAAGGAUUGUUUUCUUUUGCAAAAAGUUUAAAUAAAAAUAAGACACUACUCAA